UUCCUUGCUCAGAACAUGAGAACAUAUGAAAGCUGGUGGUUCCUUUUAACAUCAGUCUUCAAUAUUCCCAGCUGUAGCAUGUCCAAACUCCCAGACUCCAUAGACGUCGGGGAUUUCUCCAUGGACAACAUGACAGCCCCUACGUUUCCAGAUAAGAUGUCCCCCGUCAAGACCGCUCUCACCCUAAAAGACUACGAGAAUCAAAUCAUGACUCUGAAGAAGGAGAACUUCAACCUGAAGCUGCGUAUUUACUUCAUGGAGGAGCGCAUGCAGCAGAAAUGCGACGACUCCACAGAGGACAUAUACAAAACGAACAUUGAGCUGAAGGUGGAGGUGGAGUCUAUGAAGAGAGAUCUGGCAGAGAAGCAUGAGCUACUGGUGUCUGCAUCGAAAGCGUUGGAGAGCCUGGCAGGUAGAGAGUCUGGUGACUCCCUGCGUGUGAGAGAGCGAGCCCACAGGGAGAUGGAUGCACUCCGAGACACUCUCAACAAGCGCAUCGCUGAGCUGGAGCAGGGUCUGAGAGCAGCCGAGAAGGAAGUCGACAAGAUGGCCGCCAUUGCUGAGCAGGAGAAGGUGAGAAGCAUUGGUAUGGAGAAGCAGCUCUUGACCCUGGGCCCGUCGGGAACCUUCACCCCCAUCCAUGUUCCCAGCCACGACCUGCAGCAGGCUCUACAGGAGAAAAACGGUGUCAUAGAUCAACUGAGGAUAUCUGUGAUGAACCAGGAAGCUGUGAUCCAACAACUACAAAGUACUGGCAGAGACCAGGGGACGGACACACCAACCACAGAGCACACCCUACAGCUCUCUGCUCUCAUUGGCCAGAAAGACCAGGAACUGCAGACUCUGAGGGCUGAGCUGGGCCGUGAGAAGGACAGGACGGAGAAGGACCAUCAGGGUUUCACUGAGCAGCUGAAUGAGGUGAGCAGGCUGGAGACAGCCCAGAGGCAGCUGAAUGAGGAGAUGAACCAGUUCAGAGCAAUGAACCAGAACCUCUCCAAGACCCUUGAGGACAUCCAGAAUAACAACAAGGUACUGUCUGGUAAGUUGGAGGAGACUGAGAACGAGCUGGGCUCGGAGAAGAAAAACGCUCUGAAACGAGACAAAACCAUCCAGGGACUCAGUCUGGUGCUCAAAGAAAAGGAAAAAGAGAUUGAAGAGCUGUGCCAUGAGAUUGAGGACAGGGACGAGGCAUUAGCCAAAGCCAGGGAGGCAGCGCACAAAGCCCAGCUCCAGAAAUACCAGGGUGCGGAAGAGCACCAGUCUCUGCUGAUGGAGAAGCAGGCGGAGCUGUCCCAGCUCCAGGGCGAGCACCACACCAAGCGGCUGGAGGCGCAGAAGCUGCAGCGCUCCCUGGGCAGGAGGGAGCAGGAGCUGGCUGAUCUGCAGCAGGCCAAGGAGCAGCUGGAGCAGGAGCUAGAGGAGCUGCAGCAGCAGAGGAAGAAGGGGGACAAAGCUCUUAAUGAGAUGCAGAACCAGCUAAAGAAGCUUAACGGGGAGCUGGGUGAGAGGGAAAGCAGUCUGGAGCAGCAGUACCAGGAGCAGCUGGAGCAGACAAAGAGGAGGCUGCAGAGUCACGAGGUCACCAUCCAGCGCCUUACCACCUGCCUGGCCGACAAGGAGCAGCAGCUACAGGAGUACAUGAACAUGAUGAGAGACAUGGAGCAGAGCAGAAGUCCUGAGGAAAGUGACACUAUGCUUUCAAAGCUGCGAGAACGACUGAAAGAAAAAGAAAAGGCUCUGGAGCAAGCGCUGGAUGAGAAGUUUUCAGCUCUAGAAGAGAAAGACAACGAGAUCCACCAGCUGCGUCUGUCACUCAGGGAGAAGGAGAGGGACCUGGAGAGACUCAACAACCUGCUGUCUCACAAUGAGGACACCAUCAACAGUUUUGACGCGUUGAUCAAGGAGAAGGACGUGGAGCUGCAGCACCUUGCCAACACUAUGAAGAACUUGCAGCGUGCCAAGCAGGAUGUGGAGGACAACCUGAACCGAGCCUGCAGGGAGAAGGACUCCAUCAUCAGUCAGCUGCAGCUGUCCCUGGAGGGCAAGACCAAGGACAUGGAGGCGAUGGCAAGUGCCCUGCUGAGCCAGUCCCAGUCUCAGGCCCGUGACCUUGCAGAGCAGAUGGGUCAGAGGUUAAAGGUGGCAGAGGCCAUGCUGGUGGACGCGGUCAAGGCCCGUGAGAGGCUGGUGGCGGACAACGAGAGCGCCGUGGAGGGCCUGCUGGCCACAAUCGGCAGCAAGGACCAGCUUCUCAAGGAGUCAGCGGAGCACUAUAACAGGACACUGUCUGAGCGCAUCCAGGAGAUCGAGGAGCUGAGGCGACAGCUGUGUACCCGGCAGCAGCAGCUGGCCUCCGCUGAGAAACUUAGUUCCACUGCAACACAGGAGGGUUACCUGGAGAUGGCCAAGCUCAGGGCCCUGCUGACCGAGAAGGAAUCCAUCAUCAUUAAACUUCUGGAGCGCGGCCGGGAGAGGGACCAGUUCCUGGCUGAGUUGAGGCAGAAGGAACCUGCACCGUCCCAGGUGCUGGAGCUCAGACAGACAAUCCAGUUGCUGCAGGAGAGACUGGAGGAGAGGGAAGGUGACCUCUCCAAGAGGAACAACAACGAAGACAGCAUGGAGAAGGUCCCUCUCAUCAAGAAGACAGUGGUCAUCCUGAAGAAGGAGUUGGCUCAGAAGACUGAGGCUCUCAACAAGUCUCUGAAGAGGGAGAAUGAGCUCAAGAUGUCCCUGGCUGAUCUCCAGUCAGUGUUGUCUGAGCUGGAGGGGCGUAUCGAGGGCCAGGCGGCCAGCAUAGACUCCCUCACCACCACCCUGGAGACCAAGGACGAGAUUAUAAACGACCUCCACCAGCGUCUGGGACAGAGAGGGGACAGUCAGACCAAGGAGCCCCAGGAUCAGGCUGCUGAAGCCGGGGUGGCGCACUCGCUCCCUGGCCUCCCUCAGCGGGAGAGGACCAUCAUCGGUGGUGACAGCCAACAAGAGGUCCUGCCCUUGUUGGCUGACCUGCAGGUGGAGCACCGCUCUUUGAACCGUGCCCUGAGGGCCGAGCAGCAGCUCUACUCCAGCUUGGUUCGCACCGUCAAAGAACAGGACAGUGCCCAGCGUCUUCACUCCCUCCAGAUGGAGCUGACAGCGGUGACACUCCUCAGACAGCAGCUGGAAGAAGGGAUCCGGAGCAACGAGGAGCUCAGAGAAGACCUGGAAAGAGAGCUCGCCAGAACCAAGCUCUCAAAAGAAGGGCGCGAGGGCCAGGUCCACGUUGACCCCAGGGAGCUGCAGAGUGUCAGGCAUCAGCUGGAGGACACCCAGCGCUGGAACGCCUCCCUGCAGGCCCGCCUCGGAGUCAUCAAGAACCGCGGGGGAGGGGUGGGUGCCACCAAUGACACCGCUGACACCCUGGGUAGUUUCAUGGCCGACCAGACGUCCUACAUGAGUAUCUGUGUAGGAGAGGGGGAGGGCCUGGACCAUCUGUCUGUAGAGGAGCUCCGACAGAAGGUGAUGGAGCUGCAGGACUAUGUCAGUAAACUGAUGGCUGUGAAUGAGGACCUGCAGAGGACGCUUUCAUUGACUGAGGGCUCAGACCACAAUCUAUCACAAAGCAGCUCUGGGAAAGAGCAGCAUCUAGAGCGGAGACAGGAGAAAAAGUCGCCGCACAGUGACAGAGUCCACAGUGACUCUGGCCAGGACAGAGGGAGCCAGACGGACAGUGGCCUUGGACAGGUGGUAGAUGGAAGGCUGAAUGACGGCCACCAAUCUGCUGAUGUGACUGUGAGCAAUACCCUGGCCCAGAUCCAGAGAGGGAUAUGGCCUGCCUGGUCUUCCAAAGCCACCAGUGAGAGCCAGUCACAGAGCAGCCAGCAGGGAGAGGUGGAGAGGGACAGAAACUGGGAGCAGCUUUGUUCUCUUCUGUCUGACUGUGGGGCCUUAUCAGUCAACCACCUCAGGGAGGAGCUACAGAGGUUGCGGUCAGAGAAUGUGGACCUGAGGGGUCAAUUAAAGGAGGAGAAAUCCAAGGAGUCCAAGGAGAGCGCCGACACCUUGGGCGACAUCGGCGACGCACAGGGCGACCUCCGCAAGACAUUGGAGAGGCUGAGGUCAGAGGCAAAAGGUCACCGCAAGAUUAUCCAGUUGCUGAAGGAGCAGCUGGAGAGGACUGAAGAGGUGGUGGACGUAGAGACCCUGUCGGAUAGUCAGCCGGGCAUGAUGAUGACGAUGACCCAGGAGAUGGAGAGGCUGCGUUUGGAGCAGGAGGGAGGAGCUCAUGGUAGAGAGAAACUGCUUGAAGGAGAAGAGAGGGGGAAAGCACAGGGUCAUGCCACACAGGGGAACAGCCACACACAGCCUGCCAAGGGACAUUCAUAUCGCAUAGCAAGACAUGGGGCUGGUGUCAAAUCUCGCCUGCCCAUCCCCGUGAGACACAACAAAACAGACACUGCUGGCAGCAGGGAGUCGGUAAACCAGGCGUCAGACGAGGUCUCCUCUCAGAUGUUCAGAGAAGUACUACAUCAACUAGGCCUGGAAGACCACCAUGACCAGCAAACGUCAGACUCUGACUCCCACAGCUCUCCUAGAGCCACCCAGCACUGCAGCCCAGGCUCUAACCAUAGCAGCACCACUAGGGGGACUAUCAGACAGGGCCUGGAGACUGAGUUCCUCCGAGCUCAGGCCCCCACCGAUGCCGAACUCCUAUCCCAGUUGGAGCUCCUCCACCAGGAGUGCCAGGACAAGGAGCAGCUGAUAGACCGUCUGGAGGAGCAGAUGGCCGAGUGGGACGAACUUCAAGCCCAGCUCCGGGAGAAAGACCGGCUCAACUGUCAUUAUAUGGAAGCCCUGCAGGCCGCCGAGUCCACCAUCACUUAUCUUACAGCCUGCAAUCUGGACAGAAACAGCCAGGGUGGAGUACUAGGCUCUGGUUCAGAGUACAAACUCCAGAGACAAUGCAUUGAGCUCCAUAAAGCCCUUGAGGAGAAAGAGAGACUCAAUACCCAGCUGGUGGAGUGCCUCAACAUGGUCGAGGUGGCCAUUGCCUCACUCCCCGGCACCUCGUCAUCCGCCAACGCCCUGGACGGUCAUUUGGACCCCCAGGAGCUGUGCGCGAGGCUGGAGGCGGCCUUACGGCAGGUCAGUGCUUCUCUUGACCCUCUGGUCCUGAAAACCUCAGUUCCAGGGCCUUCGGGGUACCCCCUGGGCCUCAACGCGGAGCUGCAGCAGCAAGCGGACUCCCUGCAGGAGGCGCUGUGGGAGCAGAGCCGGCUGAACGUCGAGCUGCAGGAGAGGCUGAGGUCAGCUGAGGAGGCUGUCGCAGCACAGCAGGGCACUGCCAACAUUGCCCCCGCAGGCCUGGAGGGAAAUUACGGCAGGCAGCCAGAAGAAGACCUGAAUGAGAUUCCGAGAGGGAAUGAAACAAAGGAACAGAGAGGUUGGGGAAAACAUCAUGGAAGAAGCAAGUUUGCGUCCGAUGUGAAGAGCAGCCUAGGAUCUGAGCAGGUUGCCAAGCAUCUCUCCGAGUGUCUCAGAGCAGCCGAGUCGGCCAUAGGCUCACUCACAGCUCACUGUACCAACACGAGCACUAGCACCUCUACCACGACCAGAGCAGCUCAAACCAGCUCUGACUUACAACAUCAGCUAGACAGACUACAGAGAACUCUACAGGAGAGAGAAGCAUUGGACGACCUGGGCUCCACUGAACCCACCCACCAACAGACCAGUGAGAACCCCACACGACACACCACCCCUGGGGCUGAAACCCCCUCUCCCUUAGAGCUCCACCAUAACAUCUGCCUCCUCCAGAAGGCCUUCUACGACCUGCAGGAGGAGAGGGGACGCAGGGAGAGGGAAGCCAAGACGGUGGAGCCUGGAGCUUGGGUACCACCACAAGAUGUCCAGGCCCAGCUGGAAAGCCUUCAGAAGGCUUUGAAGGAGAGGAAGAGGGCCUGUAAGAGCCUGGAGGAGAAGCUGGCCAUGGCUCAGUCCAUCAUAGCUCUGCAGAACUCCUCCAAGAAGACCAGUCAUGUAGCAACACAGAGAGCGCCCCCUCUGGAGCAGGAAGACAAGGGCGUGCAGGUGGACCUGCAAGACCUGGGUUACGAAACCAGUGGCAAGAGUGAGGCCGAGGUGGAUAGGGAGGAGAGCAGUAGCACAGAUAUGCAGCUUGUCCCUGGCAGUGCUAACAGCAGCCUACCCUGCCUGCUGAAGCAGGACCAGGAGGAGCCCUCGUUCUCCUCCACAGAGAACCUUGACACGGCCUCCAGUGCCUCCUACCCCAGCUCCCCCACUCUCAGCUCCCCCAAGGUGAGUCUGAAGAGCCUCCAGACGUUUGACUCCUACGGUCUGUGUGAAGACCCAGCCCAGCUCCAGGCCCAGGUGAGGGAGCUGAAGACCCAGCAAGAGAGCCAACACCAGGUCAUCCUCCACCUGCAGACCAUGCUACGCCGCCGCGCCUCCCUGUCCAGUGAACUGUUGACCGCCACAUCUGACUCCCACACUGCCACGGGAGGUCACACGGGCUCCGAGAGGGGGGAAGAGGGUGGGAAGGAGGAGAGGAGCCUGGAGGGAGAGGGGGAGGUGACGAAGGAGAAGAUGAAGAGUAUGAGCAUGGAGCUGGAGAGGGAGAGGAGCGUGAACAGGAGUAUGAGCGAGCAGCUGUUGCAGGCCCAGCAGCGGAGUCGAUCAGCCUCACCUGCCAGGAUCGACUCCCUGGUCCAGUCGCAGGCGAGGGAACUGUCCCAGCUGCGUCGUCAGAUCCAGGAGAGCCGGGGCCUGGGGGCACUUCAUCGGAUGCAGCUGGAGGAGCUGUCGCAGGCCUUCGAGGAGCUGCUACAGGCCAGCGACGUGGACUACUACGUGGGAGAGGUGUUCCGAGAGCAGCUGGACAAGAGCCUGGGCGUCCUGGAGAGGCUAGAGGGCCGGCUGGAGAAAGGAGACGCUCAACUGGAUAACGAGGACGGGGCAGCACUGGAGCUGGCGCAAAGGCUGUCUAAAGAGUUACAGGAGAAGACCCGUCUGGUCCAGAGUCUACAGAUUCAGCUGCGAGGCCAAACUCCUAGCAGCCACCACAGCUCAGACUCAGACCUGUCGGACAGGGUCUCUAACCAGGCCACAGCCUCCUACCACAACAGCCCCACCCUGCCAGCCUGUAGCAAACUCCAUGGCAACCAGGCCUAUCAUGGAAUGAAAGAGUCCAACGGGAGCUCAACGUCGGCUCCAGAGUCUGCAGCCCAGCAGGAUGGGGGCGUGGCUAAGGAUGGGGGUGUGUCUGGCCCUGGGGUAGUUUCUGGACAUAAAUGGAGAGCCAGGCAGCUCCAGGGCCUGCAGAGGGAGAAUGGGCGCCUGGUGGAGCAGCUGAGGAGCAGCGAGGAGCUUAACGCCACGCUGCGCUGCGAGCUGGACCUCCACCGCUCUAUCCUGGUCCAGGGGAUCUCCACACCACUACACACCCAGGGAGAGGGGCUGGGGCAGAGCCAGGGACAGGCUGGGGGGUCACCACAGAACAGGGAGGACCAGAGGGGAGAGGGACACCCAGCUUCACAGCAGGACACUGCCCAGCUAUGCAGCAUGAACCCAGACCUGUUAGCAGAACACCUGUUGGAGAUCAGAGCCCUGAGACAGCGUCUGGAGGAGACCAUCUACAACAAUGACCGGCUCAGAGAACAGCUGGAGAGAAGACUGGGUGAGGUGGAGAGAGACCCAGCCACCAACAUCUUCAUCCACGGUACGGAGGAGCAGGGCCAGCUGACCAGUGAGCUGCGGUUCCUCUGGGGACAGAACCAGGCUCUGAAGGAGCAGCUCAACCUGGGUUCGAGAGACAAGCAGAAGGAGAACGAGAAGCUGCGUGAGGCGCUGGCCAGACGGACGGCCAAGCUGGAGCAGAGCAGGAAGGAGUGUGAGGUCCUGAGACAGGAACACACACGUCUUCAGGACCGCCUGGACAGGAGCAUCCUGGAACACACACACCUCCAGGACACACUGCACUACAGCCGCCAGGAGAUCCACAGGUUGCAGUGUGAGGUGAAGAUGCAGAGACAGCAGCUGUCAGACAGUCAACACCUCCUCCAGUCUCUACGUGUGGAGCUGCAGGUCUACGAACAGAUCAAAACUGGGACACACAAGCACACAGAGUCCAGUGGUACAGCCCAACAGUCUGGUUCAGGGUCUGGGACGAACCAAGUGGACCUGGGGGAGCUGCUGUCAGAGAUCCGUCACCUGAGGCUGCAGCUGGAGAGGAGCAUCCAGACCAACACGUCCCUGAGGCAGAAACUGGAGGAACAGCUGCUCAGAGGUCCCAACCGCCCAGAUACCAUCAAUAUCAACUAUCUACUGGCUACUUCAGAGGUUACAGGCAGGUCUCCUGGUUGUGAAGGCUGUGAUCCUCCCCGCCACUCCUCCUCUCACGAUCUGAAGUGUCAAGCCCAGUCGGAGAUGGACGCUGUGUCACAGUGUAGUAACAGUUCUGGGGACAGUAUCUCUGGCUCUGCUCCCCCUCCAUCCCGCUUGGUGCCCGGCCACCGCCUGUGGGCCAACCGCCAAGGGCGCCACAUCCUGGGUCUUAUCGAGGACCACAAUGCCCUGCGGAAGCAGAUCUCCGAGGGAAGGAGGCUCACCCGCACCAUGGACACACACCUGCAGGAGUGUGUCUGCACACUCAGCCAGCAGGGGACUGACAACAGGGUGGUGGAGCAGAGUCACCUGAAGGCUCUGUCCAGCAGUGUGAACACUAUGCAGCAGGUCCUGGAGGAGGCUGGCCAGCUGCUCAAACUGGUCUGGAGGGUAUCCCUGCCCUCUGGCACUGUGACCGCAACCAGCAACCAGCAGGAUGAGCUGUUGAAGAAUGAGAUAGCUAGUCUGAAGAGCCGUCUGUCCCAGCAGGAGCGGAUGCUGAGCGGUGCAGUCAAACGGCUGCGGACCACCAACCAGCUCAAAGAGGGCAUGGAGAGGGUCAUUAUUGACCAGCUGUCGUUAACCCAUGGAGUGCUGAAGAAGGCCAGAGGGAAUCUAGAGGAGGUCCCGGUCAAUGGUCAGUGACCAUCGGUCCUUCAGGAUCCUCCAAGGGAGUGAGUGUUCUCAGCCCUGCCAGCAGAUACGGUUCCUCUCCUCUGGGGAUUCAGUGUGACUCCUCAUCCCACUGCAGCUACUAGAGCUGCUCAUCCAAUAGUCUACGGUGCCUUCCUCUCGUCACCUUUCCUUUGUCUGCACUGAUAUGUUAUACAGUUUAGCAAAAGCAUUACUGGUUUUCCCCUAAUCUGUUCAAAUUAAGGAAAAGGGACAGGUAGGCACUUUACAUCUCACUGUUGAUGUGCCCCUGCUCUAAUACUGUCUGCUUGUUGAGUAACCUUACCCUGAGCUAUGCAAAUAGGACUGUACUUGCACACUUGCCUAUGUUCGGUACAAAAGUUGUAAAAGGAAAUGUAACAUUCUAUCCCUCUUGUAAAUGUAAUUUCUUAAGAUUGUAAUAUCCUUUUUAUACAAUGUCUUUCCCUGUCAAUAGUAUAUUGUCCUGGGCUUCAGAGUGUAAUGUCUCAAUGUAAUGUCCUCAAAACAUUAACUAUACAUGAAGACACAAUCAAAAUGUCAUGUUCUACUAGGUAUUUUAUUAGCAAACAUGUUUUAAUGUAGCAGUACGUGAUGCACAAAUGAAAAGUCAGAAAAUCCAAGCAACAUUUUUAAAAGGAGAAAACAUCCCUCAAUCCAAGCGUUAGAAAAGUCUAAAUGAUAUAGAAAACAGCAGAUAAAGUAACUAGGCAGCUCAUUACAAAUGUAUAAAUUGAUUAAAUGUGGCGUCACAAUUUGAUAUACGGGUUCAAUUUUUCGAUACCAAAAGGUCCUGUCAGAAAUGGCCUAUAAAACUAGGCCGGGGGAAAGACUGGACACUGUCAACAAGACAGAUGUUCAAUAGCACCAAGAUCUGUUACUACUGAUUCCUUUAGAGGUAAAUCUCUACAGUCUCACAAUGGACUUUUUUCUUUAGCUAGCCCUUGUAAGCAGCUGUAUCCUCUGUUUUGACAUUCCCACUGAGGUAUAUAGUAGGCUAUAAGCAUGACAAAUUGGAGAUAUGACCCAUGUGUAUGGGAGCAUUCUGAACACCCAAAGCCUGAUUGUUAGAAUCGGCACGUCAGGACUUUGUACAGCAGAUUCGAAAGGUGACUGGCUUGACAAAUAUCAAUUCAACUGAAAAGAAUGAACCGACACUGUUGCACCGUGAAAAGUAUAAUUCAGAAGAGAAUGGUUACGGUGCCGUGUGAGGAGAAUACGAUAGCCAUGUGUGACAAGAGUUUCAGGCCCAUAACUUCUUAACAGGAAAACCUCCUGGCCCUAGUCGUACACUCCACGUGGUGGGUCUACCUCUGUAUGUGGCGUACGAAGGCCUGCACCAGCUGGAUGAAAGGCUCCUGACCCUCAUGGCUGGCCUUAGCGCCUGGGGGCUGGGGAGAUGGCAAAAGGCUGCUGGCCGGGGACGAGGGGGCGCCACGGCGGAAGUGACGGGACAGGCUGGAGAGGAGGGUGCUCUGGAGGGGAGACAGGCAUCACAUAAUAUAUUAAAAUAGCUUCUUUUUUUAAUGAAUUGCAGGCUACUAGAAACAAGACACUGAGCUGAUGAGAACAGAUGGGACUAGAGUGGAAUGGCAAAAAACUAAGAGAAUGACUUACCAGUUCAGAGCCAAGCUCCUGUUUGAGUCUCUGUUUGUCUCUGGGGGCGAUGCUGGGGUCCUUCAGACAGCGGACGGCCUGGGAGAUGAGCACGUAGAAACAGUUCUCCAUGGUGAACAUCAGCAGAGACCUGGAAGGACAGUCACACAUACCAGUUAGAAAUGACCAAUAUUACCACCAGUGAGAACAACUUUCUCUCUGUCUCCUUACUUGAGGGCUUGGGUUUCCUCUGACGAGGCCAGGGAGGCCACACUCAGAGAGGCUGGCUCCUUCUUCUCUACCUAAAUACGGACAGAACACAGAAAGUCAAAUGUACAGUACAAUUUAUAUUUCCUCAUUUGCAAGAAAUAAAAUAAUUUCAAUGUCA